AUGUCGCGUAGGAACAGCGAAGAUGCGCCCACGAAUGGGCGCAGCACGCAUGUGCGGACGGGCAGCUUCCUCGACCUCGCCGGGGCGUGCAUGGAGCCCCAGGAUGAUCGCUGGCGGAACUCGAACGGCUCCGGGUCCGGCUCAGGCAGCGGCCGGGAGGCGCCCAGCAUUGUGCUCCCGAACCAGGACGGCCGCAACGUGUGCCAUUUCGCGAUCGACAUCGGCGGGUCGCUCAUCAAGAUCGUGUACUUCACGGACGGCUCGUCGGGCCCGGACGACCUGGAGCAGGACAUCGAGACCACGCCCCGCACCCACCGCUCGACAGCGCGGGGCGGCAAGUUGCACUUCGUCAAGUUCGAGACGUCCAAGGUGCACGACGCGAUCAACUUCAUCCGCGAGAAGGGGCUGCACCGCCGCCCGCUCGACAGCGGCGGGCGCGACACGGACGUCGCGAUGGUCAAGGCGACGGGCGGCGGGGCGUACAAGUACGCGGACCUCUUCAAGCAGGAGCUCGGGGUCGUGCUGGAGAAGGAGGACGAGAUCGGGUGCCUCGUCGCCGGCGCGGGCUUCCUCCUGCGCGCCAUCCGCGACGAAGCCUUCACCUUCCAAGCAGGCGUGCAGCAGUUCGUCCCGCUGAAGGACGACGAAGAGCUGUACCCGUACCUGCUCGUCAACGUCGGCUCCGGCGUCUCCAUGAUCAAGGUCUCGGGGCACGGCGAGUACGAGCGCGUGUCGGGCACGAACCUGGGCGGCGGCACGUUCCUCGGUCUGUGCCGCCUCCUGACGGGCACGCAGUCGUUCGAGGAGCUGCUGAGUCUGUCGGUGGAGGGGGACAACACCGCGGUGGACAUGCUCGUGGGCGACAUCUACGGCGGGCACGACUACGAGGCGAUCGGGCUGUCCGCGGGCAUGAUCGCGUCGUCGUUCGGCAAGGUCGUGAUGGCGGGCGACGCGCAGCUGGAGUACCGGCCCCAGGACAUCGCGCUGGCGCUGAUGCGGAUGGUGUCGUACAACAUCGGGCAGAUCGCGUACCUCAACGCCUCGCUGCACUCCAUCCGCCGCGUCUUCUUCGGCGGGUUCUUCAUCCGCGGCCACCCCUACACCAUGGAAACCAUCUCCUACGCCAUCAACUUCUGGUCCAAGGGCAUCAUGCAGGCCAUGUUCCUCCGCCACGAGGGCUUCCUCGGCGUCAUGGGCUCCUUCCUCACCGUCCGCCACGGGCCCAUCGUCGGCUCCGUGCCCUCGCGCGCCAAGUUCGUCGAGCGCUUCCGCAUGGGCGCGCCCUUCCUCGGGGGCACCGUGCAGGGCCCGCUCAUCGGGAACCUCGAGCAGAAGGUGUCGUGGGUCGAGCGCUUCAUCGAGGUCGGGUCGAUGCAGAUGGGGCAGCCCCCCGCGGCCACCGACGGGGCCGAGGCCGACGGCGCGAUGCCGCAGGCGCCGCCGAGCGUCGAGGGCGACGACUACCCCUCCGGCGGCGACUCCACGGGCCACCUGGGGGACGCCGCGCUCGCCCACCCCGCGCUGAACACCCCCGAGGUACAAAUGAUGUCGCAACUCAAGAUCGACCGCGGAUACCCCGCCGGGUUCUGCUUCGAGCGCCAGGCCCCGGGCGCGAGCCCGCCUGCGUCCCUGCAGGGCGCCCCGCGCCGCGUGGCGCCGCAGCAGUCCCCGAAGAUGUCGCUGAACGUGGGCGUCCUGCACUGGGCGCCGUCCUUCGAACCGUUCCCGCUGCUGGCGGACCCGGGCGGCUACGAGCCGAACACGGUCGACAUCAUCGACGACCCCGAGGAGCGCGAGUACUGGCUGUCGGUCCUGCUGCAGCAGGUCCCCAUGGUCGAGGAGAAGGCCUUCCGGUCAGACGCCAACGCGGCCAACGCGCGGCGUCGCGCGCACGCGUUCGCGCGGGCGCUGACCGCGCACCUGCACCGCCUCAAGGCCGAGCCCGGCGCGUACGGGCGGCUGGGGCUCGCGGAGAUCUUCGAGAUGCGGGAAGAGUGUCUGAGGGAGUUCAACUUCCGCGACGCAUACAGGCUCGACAAGGCGCAGGAGAACACGGCCGCGAUCGAGGUGCUCCCGGACCUGUUCCGCGAGCUCGAUGCCAUGCCGCCCGCCGCGCGCCUGCUCCCGCUGAUCGAGGGGGUGCUGGCGGCCAACAUCUUCGACUGGGGGUCGCGCGCCUGCGUCGAACUGUACAAGAACGGCACCAUCCUCGAGAUCUACAGGGACGCGCGCGCGCGCCUGUCGAAGCGGCCGUGGCGCGCGGACGACUUCGACGCACUGUCGGAGCAGUGGCACGGCAUGCUGGCCGGCGGCUCCUUCUACCGCCGCGCCCUGCUCUUCGUCGACAACGCCGGCGCCGACCUCGUGCUCGGCAUGAUCCCGCUGGCCCGGGAGCUCCUCCGGCACGGCACGGACGUCGUGAUGGCGGCCAACAGCCUCCCCGCGAUCAACGACGUCACCGCGGGCGAGCUCGAGGCGGUCCUGCAGGCCACCGCCCACAUGGACGCUGUGCUCAGCGUCGGGUGGGAGCAGGGCGUGCGCGCACGCGCGUCGCUGCACUCGUUCCCGCGGAUCGCGACGAGCGGGCGGCGGAGCGGCGGCGGCGGAACGGUGCGCGUCGGCGGGGGCAGCGGCGCGGGCACGCCCGAGGGCGGGAGCCGCAUCGAGGGCGGGCGCAGCAUGGAGGAGGGGGCGUGGGGACGCAACAGCCCGCGGCUCCACGACCCGGUGCCGAGCCCGGCGCGGACGCCGCCGCCGCUGUCGAACAGCGGAGGCGCGCGCAUCGGGCGGCUCUUCGUCGUGGAGAGCGGGCAGGGCGGCCCCUGCCUGGACCUGCGUCGGGUGAGUCAGGAGCUGGCCGAGGCGGCGACGGGGACGGACCUGAUCGUGAUCGAGGGCAUGGGCCGCGCGCUGCACACCAACCUGCGCGCGCGCUUCAAGUGCGACACCGUCAAGCUGGCCAUGGUCAAGAACGCGCGCGUGGGCGAGCGGCUGUUCGGGGGCGGGCUGUACGACUGCUGCUGCAUAUUCGAGAAGGGCGCGGGCGACGGGAGCGUGGGGGGCAGCCCGGCGCGGGACGGGAGCAACUUGAGGCCGCCCGCGCAGGGGACUAGCUGCGCGCCUGGGUACCUGUAG